AUGCGCAUUACAGGGUACUCUUUCUUGUCUGGCCUGCUCACUAUCCUCGCGGGUCCGGUGCUGUAUGUUGCCUCCAUCCAUUGGGUUCUGCGUGUUCGCCAGCAAUGGAUCUUGAAACCUCCUCACCUCAAGUCGCCUCCGUCUCGGUUGUGCAUGGGCUUCUCGACACUGUUCUCGCUCCCUUCGCUGGCUAUCUUCUUCAGCUAUGCGUGGUGCACUGUGGUGUUCACCUUCUUCUACAGCUGCCUUGUCAACAAUCUGAAGCCAGACUCCAACCUGGCACUUCUUGAGCCCACGAAGCGCGCCCCGCACCACGGCAACGAGCGUCUGUGGUUCCUGGUCUUCGGCAACUUCUGCUUCGCUGUUCUCUUCGCCCUGCGUGAUCUUGUUAAGGACACGAACUACGCGCAGUGGCCCAAGAAGACCAAUGUCAACUUCACUGACGCCGUUAAGAACGAGAUUGUCGAGUGCUUCUCCGGGCCGUUCUGGGGUGACCUCGCUGCCUCCGCCACCUUCACGUUGGCGUUCACCGCACUCUACCGAACCUUCCGCGGCGUUGCGUGGCGCUGGCUGGUUUCGUACGUCAGCUUCUCUCGUCCCUUCGUCCUCAACUUUGCUAAGACGUCGCGCUCGAGCGUGUCUUGGUCUCUGGGAUGGUACCUCUUUGUGUCCGAGAUCGCGCUGCUGGUCAUUCUGAAGCCCACCCUCGCGGUGCUGGACACGUACAUGACCCAGCCGCUGAACUUUGCGAGCUUCACUCGCAAGUCGCCUCUGAACCCCGAGGCGUACCUGCUUGAGGCUAUGAAGAGCCAGGACCCUUUCUAUCUCGACCACACGGUAAUGGAGAUUCAGCGCAUUGUCCACGCCAAGAAAAAGCGCGCCAUCUUCUUCGCCGACCCCGGCAAGCCUUCGCUCACUCAUGAGUUGUACCGCGUUAUGAUCAUCCAGCUCGGCCGCGUGUACAGCACCCUGACGGCCGAUGGCAAACCCGCCAAGAAGGAGGUUCCCUCUGCCCCUGUUCAGCCGGACAUGCACACUGUAACGCUGAAGAGCGGCAACAUCUUCAAGCCGCCCGCCAAGAAGAGCGGCAUCCAGUCGCUCGUCUCGACCAUCGUGGAGACCACCCCCCGUCCGACACCGGCGCCGAUACGUGAUGCUGCGCACGUGAUCCACGAGAAGGAGGUCACGCUCCUGAAGAAGGCUGAGAAGCCCGUCAAGGAAGCUGAGCAGUGGGCGCUGGGUCUGCCGGUCAUCGGCCCCGUCCUCCGCUGGGUAAAGGACGUGCGGGGUUGCUACCAGAACUGGGCUGGUAACGAGUGGGCGCGUCGACGGGUGUUCAACGGUGUGCCCGAGUUUGACCGCUUCAAGCGGGUCGUUGACAUCCUCAAGACCAUGACCUGCGCCUCUGCCACCGAGGACCAGUACGGCGCCGUUCAGGUCGUUCUCCCCGCAACGCUGGAGGCUCUCGUUCGCGUUCGCUGGGGCGCUCAAACCCUGCAGACCAAGCUGCUGAAGGAGGCGCCGAAGGUCUCCGACUCCGCCAGCGACGGUGUCCGGGAACAGAUCGGCAAGGUCACCGACGUCAUUGACGACGGCAUCAGGACCAUUGUCGACAGGUUCGGCACCAGCCUCACCUCUGCCUUCACGUUCCCCCCGAGCGUGGCGGCGGAGCUCACUAACAUUUGCCAGGGAUGA